AUGAUGUUCAUCCCAGCAACGCUGGGAACAUUUGUCCUAGCAAGCUUGCUUCCUGCGACCGUUGGAGCCGGCAUACCUAAUGCCGCCGCAGAUGUUGCAGUCAGAGCUCUGCCAAAUGCGCCAGACGGCUAUGCCCCUGCAGAAGUCGACUGUCCAUCUACCAAACCGGCUGUUCGAUCGGCUGCAAAGCUGUCGCAGCAGGAACAGGACUGGCUGAAGAAAAGGAGGAUGAAGACCACGGGCGCUAUGGCAGACUUCUUUAGUCGCGUGAAGAUCGAAGGCUUUGACGCCGUGGCAUACCUCGUAGGCAACGCAGACAAUGUUGCUAAGCUCCCAAACGUUGCCAUUGCCGUUUCAGGAGGCGGGUACCGUGCUCUCAUGAAUGGAGCUGGUGCCCUCAAGGCAUUUGAUAGUCGGACGGAUAAUUCGACUGAGCCUGGACAGCUGGGUGGCUUGCUGCAGUCAGCUACUUACCUGUCCGGUCUCAGUGGUGGUGGAUGGCUACUUGGCUCAAUGUACGUCAACAAUGACAGUACUAUCACGGAAUUGCAAAAGGGAGGCAGUAAUUCGCUGUGGAAGUUUAACCGGUCCAUUCUCGAGGGACCAGAUGAUGGUAGCUCUGGGGUCGUUGACACCGCUGAGUACUAUAAGGAGAUGAUCAAGGAGAUUUCUCGCAAGAAAGCCGCUGGCUUCGAGACCUCUAUCACUGAUAUCUGGGGCAGAGCAUUGUCGUAUCAGCUCAUUAACGCUCCCAAGGGUGGUCCGGCCUAUACAUGGUCGUCCAUCUCACAGAAUUCCAAGUUCCAGAGUGGCGAUGUGCCCUUCCCUCUUCUCGUUGCCGAUGGCAGGAAUCCGGGUGAAAAACUCAUCGGCGGUAAUGCUACCAUCUUCGAAUUCAAUCCAUACGAAUUUGGUACAUGGGAUCCCACUAUCUUCGGUUUUGUUCCAACACAGUACAUUGGCUCCAAGUUCGAGGCUGGAACCCUUCCAUCGGAUGAGAAGUGCGUCCGGGGAAUGGACAACGCCGGUUUCAUCAUGGGAACUUCUUCCUCUCUAUUCAACCAGUUCGCGUUGCACCUUGAUAGCCAGGACCUGCCCAAAGUCGUCAAGGACAGUCUCCGUGACUUCUUGAGCUCGCUUGAUGAAGCCAACAAUGACAUUGCCGAGUACAAGCCCAACCCAUUUUUUGGAUAUGCCAAAAGCACAUCUCCUUUCGCAGGAGUAAAGUCCCUCCCCGUUGUUGAUGGCGGUGAAGACAAGCAGAACAUUCCAUUCCAUCCCCUGAUCCAGCCAGCUCGACAUGUUGACGUUAUAUUUGCGAUUGACUCUUCCGCUGACACCGAACUGGCCUGGCCUAAUGGCGACAGCAUAAUAGCUACUUACCAACGCAGUCUGAACAGCACUGGAAUCGCCAACGGAACAUCCUUCCCAGCUAUACCAGAUAAUAACACUUUCAUCAAUCUCGGCCUGAACCACAAUCCCACUUUCUUCGGAUGCGACAGCUCAAAUACCACUAAUCCUACGCCGUUGAUCGUAUACAUCCCUAACAGUCCCUACGUCACACAUUCGAAUGUCUCAACCUUCAACCUGAAGUACAACACCACACAGCGUGAUGCUAUCAUUCUCAAUGGAUAUAACGUCGCAACCAUGGCCAAUGCCACUCGAGAUGGCAACUGGCCUACCUGCGUCGGCUGUGCUAUGCUCAGCAGGUCCCUUGAGCGAACCAAGACCGCAGUCCCCGAUGCUUGCAAGCAGUGUUUUAAGAUGUACUGCUGGGAUGGAACGCUCAAUAGCACCAAGCCAGACGUCUACGACCCGAAACUGUUCUUGACGGAAGUGGACCUACAGAGUGCUGCUAAGGGGCUUCAUGCUUCGGGAAAGCUGAGCCUUGUAGCAGCAGUGGUCACACUGCUUUCUAUAUUACUGGUGUAA